CAGUAUUUCCUUUCUCACAUGUACCAUGUGCAUCUUUAUUUUUAUUUGGAGAAAAAUAAGAAGUGAUAUCUGUUUUGCUUUUGUGAUGCAUACAUCUUUUAAAGAGCAUGUUUAAUGUCAACCAGAGGUCUAUGCUUUGAGAGAAGAAAACAAAUUCUCCUCUUUACAAUCGUAGCAAGAAUAGGUUCCCACCUAAAUACCAAGUCCACCCUUUAGUGUUUCACCUUAUAGUGCAUAGACUAAGUGUGGGGGUGUGAAAAUGCUUCUCAGCACUUAGAUCUAUGAAACCCUUGGGUCUUGGAUAAAAAAAAAACUGCACUUUAAUCUGAAAAAGAAACAAAAAGGACACUGAUUUGUUUUUAAACAAGCUGCAUUUGAUUUUAUUCUAAGUGAUAAGGAAGGGUGUAGUUUGUAAGAACAUAUUAGGAGUUAUAAAUCUGAUUUUCACCCUAAAGCAAACACUCCUGCAUUUUAAACUUUGCUUAUACCAGGCCUGCACAGCUACAUUUUGGGUGUUUCUGAAAAAAAAAGUGCAGUUUUUGAGUACGAAAAAAGAGAGAGAUUUGCAGCUUUUGGAAAAAAAGAUUUUUUUAGAAGAAAGAAAAGAAAUUUUGGGACUCCUCAUACCUCACCACGUUUAAAGAAAAGUAUGUGCAUCUUUUUAGAGAGAAUCUUGAUCAAGAUUGCAAUCUUUUUACUUAACUUAUUUUUAGGUGAACUGAACUUGCAAAAGUUCUUUUAAAUCCUAUUUCUAAUUUUAAAGAUUUGCAAGAUGUGCAUAUAGAAUAUUGGCUUUUCGAGCCAGCCUACUUGGUUUCUUAGGGUCCGUUUGGUGAAUUUCGGAGGAAUAAUAUGAUACGGUGUUCUGAAAUUUGAAAAAAAGAUCUGGACUUUGAAAUCUGAAAUGAAAGUGUCUGGAGAAAUAAAAAAGGAAAUGAAGUAUACACUUGUUCCAUUUUCAGUAACUGUUGCUUGGGAACUGAGGCUUGAAUUUCAUUUUUCCUGCGAACUUAUGUAAUAUUUUUAAUAAUUAAUUCUAUUGUCGUGAAGGUUUAAAUUUAAAUUAAGGUUAUUUUAAUUGCUGGUUAAAUCCAUUGCUUAAUAUAAUCUGGGAAGAUAUAUUGUUAAAGGUUUUCAAGUAUGGGAAUGUAAACCAAAUUCUUUUUUGAGAAUAAAUAGAGUACAGAGUUGCUUGUCUAACUAGACAUCAACAAUGGGGUUUUGACUAUAAAAUGGUUAGUGUUCAGAGAAAGAAGAAAAACAAGAAAAGAAAGGGAGAAAAUAAUCUAAAGCAACCACACCACGUCCAUCUCUUAACCUUUCCUAGUUUCCUAAUCACUAUGCCACCAUCUCACUCAAGGCCUUACCCAGCUUUCUCAUCACAUUGGCCUCCAUUGCUGCUGCAUCACUACCUCACACUCCGCAUAAUCCACACUUGCUGAAGUGAGCAGAUAGGUUCCAUAACCUCAAUACUAGUGUAGGCUGAUUGAAAGUGGUGGCUGGUGAUACUGGAAGGAUAUUUAUACCGAAUCAAAUAGUUGAAAGAGCACUCAGGUCUGUACGAGACGUUCUUCAUCUUGAUAUCACAAUGGCUGCUGCCUGAAAAGAGGGAGGGGAAUGAAACAAAAACAGAUGUAAUAUUUUUUUAAAAUUAAUGUUAAUGAAUAUUUAUGCGUUUUACUCUUGGGUAAAGCCUCUUUUGCCAAUACCCAUUAUCUUUUGUAAGUUUUAUAUUCUAAUUCUUAUACCUAUAUUAAAUCCGAUAAUCAUAUUUUCUUUUUGUUUCUGACGAUGCUAAUAAAUUGUUUCAUUUUCAGGCCCAUACAGAAGCAAUGCUGCUCUCAGACAUACUCCCUCCGUCCCGGAGUAUUUGUCCAGUUUCAUUUUUACACACCAUCCAAUGCACUUUUUUAAUCCAUUUUAUCUUGUAAUUUGUAUAUUAAAAAAUUAUAGAAAUUAUAUAUUAAUAAUCUAUAUGUUAAGACGAAUCAAACAAGAUCACACAUGACUAAAUUUAGGCAUACACAUUGAGAGAAUUUGAUGAGUCAAAGUGCUUAGAUGAACAGUUCCAAAAGUUAAAAGUGGACAAAAAUUGGGGGACGGAGGGAGUAGAUAUAAAGUAUAGUAUGUCUCUAUAUUACUUGUUAUUAUAAGUUUCUUACUUCUGAGUUAUGAGGUAGUCACGUCUCAUAUGAUGAUUAGCAGGUUGAUUUUGUCCCAAAUUUUUACAACUCACAAACAGAGCAAUCUCUACUCGCUGCUAGAAUCCCGAACCUGCUUCUGAAUGCUGCUCUGUAAUUACAAGAAUCGGUCUGAUCUAGAAAAUAGUUAAGUCUUUUGUUCUUCUAUUCAUUUCUAUACCAGUUUACAUAUCCCUUUGUCAUGCGAUUGUUUCCAUUCUUUAUGCUUUCAGGUUGGCCUGGCCACAAAUAUCCCUCCACACAAUCUUGGAGAGCUUGUUGAUGCAAUGUCUUCCUAUAUUCAUAACCCAGAAGUAACGCCUCUUGCGUCUCUUUCCAAUUGCCCGGCCUCUUGCGUCAUUCUCGCCACCCACCGCCCCAUGAUGAGAGCUUCUUCACUGCCUACCUCUUAUAUUUUCGUUCUCCGGUGUUCCGAUAUGUCUUUGUUCUUCAAUUUCCAGAUUUUUAGAAGCUGGCAUUUCAACAUUUUGGAAUUGGCUCAAAUUUCAAGGAAUUCCAAACUUCGGAAGUUUCUAGUGGCACUUCGAUCAUAGACAUCUGCAGACGGCAUCUAAAGAGUGAUAGAAAUAGGUAAAGUCAUCAUGCAUGCAACUAUAAACCGUUGUUUCUAAACAUGUUUGAAGGAAUGAGCAAGUAGGGAACUGCCCAAGACUGCAUUUCGGGCUUAAAUUCAUUUGGUAACAUCAUCUCUCCCCUCAUAUUCAGCCCCUUGACAGGUAAUUACUAUGGAGCACUAACUAAGAUGGGAU